UUACUCACGCCAAUAUAGUGUUGCCUGGGCAACGUCAGCUGUGUAACCUCUUAACUGUUUCAAAACAAAUCGCAUUACAUAAAAUUUAAAGGUUCCAUUAAAUAUUUAUGCGAAUUCGUCUAAUGUUAUCGACAAUAAAUUUUCUAUCAAUAUGAGUAUAGGAAAUACAGGAACGUGGUCCAUGUUAUCGAGUAAUUUAUCCACUUAUUAAAAUGAAUUUAAUGCCUGAUCAACUGAAUUUAUUGUACUGCUGGAAAUCAAAAAAAAAAUGGAAGACAUAGAUGAUUUAGACAGUGCUUUAUUUGAUAAAAAUUCUAGAACUGCAGAAUUGAAUGAUACAAAGAAGAGGGUUGUGUUUAAAGAUUUUUCUAAAAGUAUUGCUCCUGAAGAUUUUAAUCCUCUGGACGAUAGUUUUAAAGAAUCUUUAAAAAAGAAAUCUGGAAAUAUUGAUAGAAAUAGCAAAGUAGUUAAUUUAUUUGGAAUAAAACAUGAAGACAGAUUUGAAAUGAAAGAUUCUGAUUCAAUAGAAACUUUACUUAAAUCACCAUUACUUGCUAUUAAAAAUUCAUUAGAAAAACCUCAGUCAGAUGAAUCAGUUCUUAAAGAAUCAGAUUUUGUAAGACUAUCGGCAACUAAUCAAGCAAAAAAAUCAUCAUUAAUAGAUGAUUUAUUUGGUGGCAAAUUAUCAACUUCUGUAGUUGAUACGACUAAAAUUAAUUUUAAUGUAUCUGCAGCUCGGUCAUAUCCUAGAGAAGCAAUUACUGGGAUCAGUAAUGAAAACACAAAUAAUGCAUCGACUGAAAGUGGUUUCUCCUUGAGUGCAUCAAAGGGAUCUAGGCGUGGUAGAAGAACUUCUACCAUUUUUAAUGAUCCUUUAGGACUUUUUUCAAUAUCUAAUUCAAGGAUUGAUGAAUCUUCAAAAGUUGAAGAAAAAACAAAUCAGCAAUUAAUUGUUGAAAAUAAUUUAAAAUCAGUGGAAUUUGAAAAACUACCAGAGUGGCUCAGAGAUCCAAAAGUUAUUAAAGAACAAAAACAUGAUAUAGUUGAAACUGGUCAAAGUGAAGAAUUACCUAAAGUAAAAUUUGCAAAAACAGACAAAGUUUCAAAUUCAACAAAUAUUCAAAAUAUUGCAUUAGAUAAAAAUAUGGAUCAAAAUGGUUUGACAUCAAAACUUUUGAGUAUUGAGUUUGAUCAACAAGCAGCAAUAAUGCAUAUGCAGCAACAGGAACAUGAACUUAGAAUAGGCACUGCCCUUUCUCAACAAACUGAAAAAUUUAAUUAUUUACUUGAAACUCAAAAAAUAAAAUCAAUUGACCAAGAAAAACAAUUUAAUAUGUUAUUAGCUAGACAGCUUGAAAGGCAAUCCAUACUUGAAGCUCAAAUGAAGUCUCAACAGGAUCGAAUAGACAACUAUAUUCAAACACUUACAGCUCAACCAACAAUAAUACCAUCUAUGAAUUUUACAACAAACAAUGACAUGAAACAAAAUACUAAAACAACAGUGGAUGAAAAAAUAGUGUCAGAAAAUCUUUUACAAAAAUUUGAAAUGGAAAAAAUAUAUUUAGAAAACAUUGUUGAAAAUUUGAAAGAGAAACAUGAAAAAGAGAUUUCUAUACUUGAAGAUUCUUAUAAGAAACAACUUACGUUUUUAGAAGAGGCAAUGGUCCAGAUGGAGAAAAGAAUGCAAGAUGAAGUAGAAUGUCUUGAAGCGGAUUAUAAAUUGAAAAUUCAAAAACUCAAAGAAGAAAUUUUAGAACUUGAAAAAGUACAUAAAAUUGAAAAGGAAAUAUUAAAGGAAGAUAACUCAACAAUUCUUCAAGAUAUACGUGAAAAUCAUUUGAAAAAUUUAGAAAUAAUUCACAAAGAGCACGUUCAAAGUAUUCAAAGGAUAAUAGAAUCAAAAGAAUCAGAACAUAAAGCAAUUGAAAUUAUGACAAUUGAUGGGGCAAAUAUUGAAAAAGUAAUUAACAAAUCUCAAAUUAUUAUUGAAAAUCUUGAACAUUUACACAAUAGACUUGAAAAUAAGGAUAAAAAUUUUACUGAAUUUAAAAGCAAUCAUUUAUUAAAUCAAGAAAAAAACAUUGAAUAUUUAAAAGGAUUACUUGAAAAACAAAAGGAUAUAUUUACAGAAGAAAAACAAAAAUUAAUGGUAACAAUUCAAAAACUUGAAUUAGAUUCUUUUGAACUACUGAAAGAAUUUAAAAAACAAAAUACCGUUUUUAUAGAAAAUCAAGAAAUUUUAAAAUCGAAGGAAAAUGCUUUGUUAAGAGAUCGGGAAAUUUUUAUUGAGCAGAACAAAUGGGAACGUGAACGACUACAAAUGAUGAGAGACGAAUGGGUAAAAGAACAAGACAAACAAUUCGGAUGGCUUGCACAAGAAAGACAAACUCUUAUUACUGAAAAAGGAAAACUUAAAAUUUUAAACAGACUAAAAAUAGGAUCUGAUGAUGUUUCUAAAAUAGAAUUAGAAGCAACUAUAAAGGCUGCACAAAAUGCUGUAUCCAAUGCUAAUCGAGAAAAAUUAAAAUGGCAGGAAAAAAUAAAUGAACUAGAAGUACAAAAAAAUAAUCUCCAAGAAAAAGAAAAUGCUCUUAUUCAAAAAGCCAAAGAAUUGCAAAUCUUUACUCAGUCAGCACUGGCUAAAAGAGAAGAAGGUUUGCGUGCUUUAAACGAAGCUCGUUUAAUUGAAGAAUGUUAUAAGGAUAAAUUAAGUAAAAUUCAAGCUCAACAAGAGAUCUUAUUACAAAGAGAAAAUAAACUUGCAAAUGAAAAAUUUGAGUUAGCAAGGGACAGAUUGUCAUUCCAUGUGUCACAUGAUAUAGAAAAACCAGUAAAAGACACUGUUUGUAAAUUAGACAGCAAAAUCAGCCACGAGGAUCAAUUAGACAUUUCAAAUUUAUUAUGCAGUAGAAAAAACAUAACACUUUGUAAGGAUAUUGUAGAUCCCCAUCUAGUCAUGUUAAAAUGGAAACUGGAUAAUAAGUCAGAUAAUUCUAAGAAACUUCCUUUCGUAAAUAGUCACUAA